AUGUUUAACUCGGUCAACCUGGGCAACUUCUGCUCGCCUUCGCGCAAGGACCGGGGCGCGGACUUCGGCGAGCGGGGGAGCUGCGCCUCCAACCUCUAUCUGCCCAGCUGCACUUACUACGUGCCCGAGUUCUCCACCGUCUCCUCCUUCCUGCCCCAGGCCCCGUCUCGCCAGAUCUCCUAUCCCUACUCGGCCCAAGUGCCCCCGGUCCGCGAGGUCUCCUAUGGCCUGGAGCCCUCCGGCAAGUGGCACCACCGGAACAGCUACUCCUCCUGCUAUGCGGCGGCCGACGAGCUCAUGCACCGCGAGUGCCUGCCUCCGUCCACGGUCACCGAGAUCCUCAUGAAAAACGAAGGCUCCUACGGCGGCCACCACCACCCCAGCGCCCCGCACGCGGCCCCCGCCGGCUUCUACUCCUCGGUGAACAAGAACAGCGUCCUGCCCCAAGCCUUCGACCGCUUCUUCGACAACGCCUACUGCGGCGGCGGCGGCGGCGGCGGCGGCGGCGACGCGCCCGCCGAGCCCCCCUGCUCGGGCAAGGGCGAGGCCAAAGGGGAGCCCGAGGCGCCCCCGGCCUCGGGACUGGCGCCCCGGGCGGACGCAGGCGCCGAGGCCGAGGCCGAGGAGGAGAACACGAAUCCCAGCUCGUCCGGGUCAGCCCACUCGGCGGCCAAGGAGCCGGCCAAGGGAGCCGCCCCCAACGCCCCCCGCACCCGCAAGAAGCGCUGUCCUUAUUCGAAAUUCCAGAUCCGGGAACUGGAGCGGGAGUUUUUCUUCAACGUGUAUAUCAACAAAGAGAAGCGGCUGCAGCUGUCGCGGAUGCUGAACCUGACGGACCGACAAGUGAAAAUUUGGUUUCAGAACAGAAGGAUGAAAGAAAAAAAACUGAGCAGAGACCGGCUGCAGUAUUUUUCGGGAAACCCGCUGCUGUAACCGCAGAC